UUCAGUUCCUUGAAGUUACAUUAAUGAUAGUGUUGUAUUUACUGAUUAGGUUUGCUAGCCUCAUGCCUAACCUUUCAAGCUCUCUACCGGAUAUCAAAGUAGGAGAGAUUUAAGGGGUUCGCCAGUUGGUGAGACCUCUUGUGUGGCUAGUGGACAUUUUACCACUGAACCACUGAAGCACCUGUUUAUACUAUAAUUUGUUUAAAAUGACCUGAAGAAAUAUCGUUAGAAAUGUCCUUUUUAAUGAAGAAUUUUACUAUUUUUAUUGCUUAAUUCUCCCUAUUUAGACAAUGGUCAGUGGGGAAGGACGUUUUUUUCUACCCUAUUUAUAAAAUAUGCAAUAUUCUACAACAUACCUGUUUGUUUAGAAAUAUUCAACUGUUUGGUUCGUGUUUUUGAAGUCUAAGAUUUCAUUAAAGUUAAAUUUUUUCUUAACUUCUUGUUGAAAUGAAGAUUUAUGCGUAGCAGAAUGAGGGUUCCUGUUUGUCUUCACCUUGUCUUUUUUUGCAUAAGGUAGGACAGGGGUGCUUGAAGCGGAGGUUUUCCAACCAUACCGUGAAGCAAAUGUGCUCACUGCACGCUUAAGUUUUCAGUUAUUGAUAAAGUGGGAUUAGAUUUAUUACUUGCCUACCCACCUGCCUACCUGACAAAAUAAUUUAUAACUUUUCAAAAUACAAUUAAUUACUAAAUUAUAUAACACUAAAAUAUUGUGAUAUAAAAGAUUCUUUAUAUUAUUGUGUGAUAUUUCAUACACAGAGAUUUUCGUCAUUUUUGAAUAGUUAAAGAGUAACACAAGAAUGAUGGAUAGAACAAAGUCACUACAAUGGAAAAUUUGUCUAUCGCUUAAUAUACUAUUAUUAUUAUUUAUUAUGUUGUAUAUGGCUAACUGCUCAACAUUACCUAGACAAAAGCCAAACAUUCGACAAUUCGCCAAUAAAACAGAAGGUAAUAAAAUGGAGAUUGUCUGCAUCCUGGAUCAUGAUGUCUAUUGCCAGGAGCAUUACGUGGAAUUUAUCUUUGAUGAUGGCUGUCGUGAUUGUAUUUGUAAAAAUGAUGGAGCAUACUGCAAAACCAAAGCAUGUGUCGAUUACCAGGAUAUCAAUACGAAUCCUGAAGAAUACUGCAGUACAGUAGUUGAAAAGAAUGAGAACAAUGCAACAAAGCAUCGUGACAGUAAACCUUCAGAAAAUCUCCUGAAUUCAUAUGAACACAAACCAGCAAAUAAAACAGACGACGGAGUAAAAGGUGAGGAGGUUGAUACUAAGAAAUCAAAAGACGUCGUCGGUGCAUCUUUCAUGUCAUUUGGAGAUUUUGGAGCUGCUUUAGGUAUGAUACCCGGAGCUUUUGAGAGCGCAAUGCAAGAAAAAGAUGCUAUAAAGGGGAAACAGGAGCCCUCUGAUGAAGUUCUUGAUGGUGGAAGUAUGAGAAAUGAAAGUGACAGUAUGGAAAAUACUCCACAAAGAUCGGAAAAAGAUGGAAAAGGUGUUCCUUCAACCUUACCCUAUCCUAAUGAUGAUAUACCUGCCAGCAUAUUAGAUUCAAAUCAAUACCAAGGUAAGAAACAAGACGAUGAGAAUGGGUCUAGUAAAGUGGUUGAUGAUGGAGAAGAAAGUGAUGAACUAGAGCCUUACUCGCCUCGAUACGAAGGCGGAAAUCAUCCCAGAGACAGUGGAUCUGAGAAUCACAACUCCAAUAACACAAUACUAUUUGAUAACAAUCAAAGAAGAGGUAGAGAAAAUGAUUUAGCUACUAAAAACGAGAAUGGCAAGACAGCUAGUGAUGAUUCCUUGGACUACGAUACUCAUGACGACAAUUCAUAUGAUGAAACAUCGGCAGAUAUGCGUACGCAGGUGACACCAUCAGCUGAUAAAAAAACCGAUGGAGAUGUUGAUACGUCAAGAGACAAUGUGAAUGACGCAGAAGACAGUAGAUUGUUUGCUGGUGACGCACAGCAGACAAAUGAUGCACCACAGACUAGUGAUGAAGAAAGACUGGUACAAAAUGUCCAGCCGGUGUUGUCUCAGCUAGGUGAUGCAAUCGACACAGAAGAUGUGGAAGCAGUAGUUCAGACUGCAGAAGGAAUUGUAGAUGGUCAGUUAUCAAGCAUAGUAAUGGGUGAUCAAAGUGGAAAAAGCAACUCAGUAGAUAAUAAUAGCACUAAAAUUAAUAACAGCGAUGGUGAAGCAAAACAGGAGGACAGUAAGCGAAGAAGAUCAACAGAUCAAAAUUUUUUAUCGUCAAAUAAAGAAAACCAGAUUGUUAGCACCACACCAGCUCUGCCGACAAAAAACGGAGAAGAUUCAACCCCUAAUAAUCAACCUUCUAAAAUGCCCACUGAUUCAAAAAACGGGGUGAAGCAAACUCCAAGAGGUAACUCAUCAAAAGAGAGUCAAUCUGGUGAUUGGGUCUCGAGAGAAAUUACAGUUCAAAGUAGAACAGUGAAACUUCCGGAUAAAGAAGCAGUACAACAUAUGCAUGAAAUAUUCCCUAACUCAGGAGGUUCACCGAUUCUCGAAGUUGAAGAAAGAGAUACGCAUAGUUUCCAAGAUUCAUUACAUGGGGAACAUGAAAAAACUGGUGGUGGUGGUCUUAUUCAACCAGUGUCUUUUAGUAGUAGUGAUGAUGAUCAUGAAGGUGAUGUGCUAUUCAAACUUGAGGGGGUACUUCGACAACUUACUGUCUUGACACGUUGUGUCGAAGGGUUGAAGGCAAAAUUUGCUUCAUGCCAAAAGCAAAAGCCACAACAACCACCAAAGCAUCCCAAGCCAAUGCCACCUAGUCAUCCAGGACCGAAACGCCAUCACGGUGACAAACCAAUGAAAAGAGGCAUUCUUGGUUAUUAAGCCACCAGUACAUCUUUACAGAAAUUUUACAAUGUACUCUAAUUAACUUUUUGUAUAAUUCAUUCGAAGUAUUUAACUGAAGAUUGAUGUUUUGCAUGACAUUUUCAAAGUACUGAU